GCAGCAUGGCCGGCGUGCCUGAGAAGGUGCUCAACUGGCUAUACAGCGUUCUCCCAAGUGAAUACGCCGACGUAAAUCGCACGUACCACGACGUUGCCGAAGCCCUCUCCAACUAUCCCUCCCUCUCCCCGCGCACAGAAGUCUACACGUACGAAAAUGGAGCUUCGGCGCUGCUCCUGCUCCUCAGCGGCACGAUCCCCGUCACUUUUCGCGGCGCGACAUACGGCUUCCCCGUCGCGAUAUGGGUGCCGCAUGCCUACCCUCGAGAAUCGCCGAUAGUAUACGUUACGCCGGCACAGGAUAUGCUUGUAAGGCCGGGUCAGCAUGUUAGUGGGGACGGCAGGGUAUACCACCCGUAUCUGGCGCAGUGGGGGAAAUAUUGGGAUAAAUCUACAAUAUUCGACUUUCUGGCUGUCUUGCGACAAGUCUUCGCGAAAGAACCGCCGGUCCGGUCGAAACAACAGCAAGCUCCAGCGCCGCAAGCUCCGCCACCCGUACCUCCCCCACCGGCCGAAUGGCGGCAGUCUAUACAGGGCACAUCUGUAGCAUCUCCAUCUCCGGGCCCCUCAAGUCAAGCUCCCGGGCCGCCUCCCAAGCCACCGAAGCCGUAUGAACAGAGCAGACCGAGCCCUCAAGCACCGCACGACAGAUACUCGCAGCCUCCUCCGCUACCUCCGCACCCGUCUCAACAGCCUCCGCAGCACUAUCCGCAGCAGUACCAGCAACCGCAGCGGAAUAACUAUGUUGGACAGAACAAUUGGCAACAGCAGGGGCUUCCACUGCAGAGUAUCCCACAGCGGCAGACGAGCUAUGACAUGAGUCCUGCGACGCCAGCAUCGAAACCUAUGCGACCGCAAGUCCAAGCUCAAGGCCACCAAGCUCAAUCAUAUGAGCUGGGGAGCCCUGUGAGUCCGAUCACACCGGAAGACCAGCGCUCUGCGCGAUAUAAAAAGCCCGCGCCUCCCCCACAAGCACCCACGAACUUCUCCCGAUCACAGCAAUACCAGCAACCGCCCCCACAAGCGCCACCCUAUGGCUCACCACCAAUCCACCAGCCAUACCAGCAGCAGCCUCCUCCGCCCCACUACCCACACCAACCCUGCCCGCAAUAUGCCCUGCAACAACAGCCACCAUCCCAGCAACCUGCACCCGUCGCCCAACCCCCGCCAAACCUAAUGGACGACUCUCUAGAAGUAACUCUCCCCUCUCAGCGCGGUCCUCAAGCACCCCUCCCCGUACCCCCCGUUCCACCCAACCCGGAAAAAGAUGCUCUCCUCCGCGCCCUCUCCCAAACUCUGACCGCCCAAAUCGCCCAAACACUCUCCCAAAACCGCUCCGCCAUCGCGCCACUCCGUGCUCAACAAGCCGCCCUGCAAACCGCCUACUCGCGGCUACAAUCUGAGCUCUCGGACCUACAGCAACUCGACUCAGCUCUCGCGUCCAACGAGAAGAUAUUGCGGGACGCGAUGCUGGAGGCGGACCGCGUGAUGGAGGAUGCGAGACGACGCAAGGCGCCGGAUGUGGAUGAUGUGCUGGUCGCGCCGACGGUGGUGGGCGGGCAGUUGUAUACUGUUUGCGCUGAGGAACGGGCGGCGGGAGAGGCGCUUUUUGUGUUGGGACGCGCGCUAGAUAAGGGGAGGGUGGCGCCGGAUGUUUUUGUCAAGCAAACGAGAAGUCUGGCGCGAGAGCAGUUCCUGAAGAAAGCGCUGAUCAAGAAAAUUGCGAGGGGCAUGGGGCUGGAUGAGUAUGGGAUGCGGUGAUCUGAGCUGAGUUGAACUGCGGCCGAGCGGUCGGGGGAUAAGCCUUGUGGAUCGGGACUUGCACAUGGAAGCCCCUUCAACACUACGUGGCGUAGGAUAUUUCGAGACGUCAUACCAAAUCAAAGAAUCUUGUUCAAGCCCACUGGCUCAUCCUGUUCUCUCUGGUCUGGCUCGCUCCCUUGCCCCCUAGCCUCUCGCAUACAUAUUGGAGCGAUGCUAUGCUUCCCUAGGAGUUAUUUGAUGCCCUUAGACAAACUGCGACUG